AUGUCGUCCGUCAACAAAUCACCUCUGAAUUUGAUCCUUGGGGUCCAAAGCGUUGGUGACACGUCCGCCGAUCCAAUGGCACGUUUCUACACCCCCGAAGAAGUGAAUGGCUUCCUCGACAUCUUUCUCCAACGCGGCUACAACCACCUAGACACCUCGCGCAUGUACUCACCCAACGCCCCGGGAAGCUCCGAAGCCCGGCUCGGAGCCGCCGGUGCCGGGGAGAGAUUCAUCAUCGACACAAAAGUUAUGUCAUGGGCGUUCAAACACACCACGGACAACGUCCUGAGCGAGAUCGACGCCUCGCUCGAGGCUUUGAAGGUCAAGCAGAUCAACACGGAGUUCCUGCACAUACCUGACCGGACCACGCCGUUUGAAGAGGCCUGCGUCGCCAUGGACCAGGCAGUCAAGGAGGGCAAAGUGAAGAAAUGGGGCCUCUCCAACUACACCGCCGGGGAAGUCAGGCAAUUCCUCGACAUAUGUGAGGCGCGCGGCCUUGUCAAGCCCAGCGUCUACGAAGGCCCCUACAACCCCAUCAUGCGGGGCGGCGAAAAGGAGCUCUUCCCGAUCCUGCGGGAGAACGGGAUCGACUUUAAUGCGUACAGUCCUGCCGCGUCGGGAUUCUUCGCUGGCAACCACAAAACUGCCAGACCAGGCGGACGGUUCGACGAAUCGUUACCCGCGGGUGCAGCAUGGUCCAUGAUCUACAAGAAGCCGUCCAUCGUGGCUGCGGCCGACAAGGCGGUUGCCGUCGCGUCGAAGCAUGGUGUCAGCGGGCACGCAGCUGCUCUGCGGUGGACGGUUUACCACGGUAUCCUGAGCAAGGAGCAUGGCGAUUCCGUCAUCGUUGGUGCUUCCAGUCGAGAGCAGCUUGAGGCUAACUUGGACAUAAUUGAGCAGGGCCCUCUUCCCCAAGAGGUCGUAUUGGCUCUCGACGCUGUGCACGAGGAGAUUGGGUCCGAGGUUUCGUACCAUAUGUAG